CACCGGAAGGAUCGUGGGGGGUGAAGGAUCAAGGGAAGUGAUCAUGGGCAAUGAUGUGUACAGAGACAUAUUUAUCCGCAGCGGGAUCAGGGUUGAUUGCUGUGUAAAUUACUACCGUUUCGCUGCGUGUUUUUUACCUAUAGCUGUAGUUAGUAAGUAAAAGAUCCGAUUACAUCGAUGGAGAUAACAGAUAUCACAGGCGACCAGACCGUAAAUGCUGGCACUGAUGUUUCCAUGGAGUGUACUGUCACUAACCUAGGUUCCAGUACUGUGUCUUGGGAAAAGCUGAGUAUUGGGAGUAGAUCUGAAACCCUCACGAUUGGUGGAUUGGUGAGCACGGAGGACAAACGUGUAGCGAUCGGUGUGAGAAACCAAGACUCGACCACUGUGUUCCGGCUAUCGAUGUCCAGCGUUGAUAAUGAGGACAGUGGAACAUAUCGUUGUGUGACUAUAACGCCAUUUGGUUCUGUGUCAAAAACUACAGAGCUGUCUGUAAGAGGUACAGUUGGAGCAAAAAUCACGUCCAUUAGUGACGAUGUGACAGCCAUUCCUGGAGACAUCAUAGCGAUGUGGUGCAUAGCUUCAGGACUAUCAGAAGGAACCACUGUUGCCUGGGAGAGAGUGACGAGCUCGGGUGUGGUGCAGCUGUCAGAGGGCACGCGGCGCAUGACGUCUGACCGUCGCUUCCGCAUACUCGUCAGUGUCAUUGGCGAGCAGCGAAGCAACUACACUCUGCGUCUGCUCAACGUGCAGAUGAGGGAUGCUGGCACUUACAGGUGCAGGAUGACUGGAACCAACUCGGAAUCAAAGUCGCUCAGUCUUUUCGUCGGGCGGUCAUUGAGCAUCAGAGCAUUAUCUAAUGAUGUCACUGUGGAGACUGGGGAGACAGCUAGACUAGUCUGUGACGUUGAAGCAUCGGUGGACAAUGAAAUGAGUGUCUUCUGGCAGAAAGAUGGUGUAAAUAUAAGUUUAACAACACCUUUGCUGAUUGAGCGUGCAACAAAAGAUGACAUGGGUAUUUACAGCUGCUUUGCCUCUGAUGGAGUUAAUUUGAUCGUAUCAGACGUUCAACUUAUCAUAGAGUUCGCACCAAAUAUUGAAACAGAGUUGCCCAUGCGUGUAUACUUUGAUGGUGGAGUAACAGACUAUGUUGUUGGGGAAGUGAAGUGUGUCAUUACCUCGAACCCAACACCGAAUAUUGAAUGGUUGGGCCCAAAUGGAAAACUCAUCUCACCAAACAGCAAAUACAGAUUUCAAGUAAAACACAGAAUGUAACACUACAAGUACACUGAGCAUUCUUAACUUGAGACGACAAGAUUUUGGUUUGUAUGUCUGUGAAGCGGAGAACCAUCUUGGUAAAAUUGUUGCAGAAAAGAAUGUAUACAUUUAUGAAUCAUGUGAAGAAAUGUUUAAGACUGACAGCCCUGGGCUCUACAUAAUAGAUCCCGACGGACAGGGAGGGCUGCCUCCCUUUCAAGCUGAUGUACAUACGUGGAUACAGAACUUCCUGAAUGCCAGUUGGCUGCUGAUCCUGGUGGCUGCUUCGGAUUCUUCAGACGAUGGUACUAUGACCCAAAAACAGCAAAGUGUAGAACUUUCAUCUGGGGUGGCUGCGAUGGUAAUGAGAACAAUUUUGAGACAGUAUCUGAAUGCCUG